GGGCAGCCCAGGAAGGCAAGCCCUUUCCUUUGUCCGGGGGAGGCAAGAGGCGCGGCGCUCCAUGGCCUCCCGAGUACACGCGUAACGUGAGAACGAUAAAGUGGGGAGCUUGCGGCCCCCCCAGGCCAUGUCUACAGAGAGCUCCCCUCUGCUCAGCUACCGGCUCUUCCGGGUCUCUAGCGAGUGCGAGAUGCCAGGGGGCGGCCAGGAAGAGGCCCCCCUGGUGGUGGGGGUGGCGGGGACAGCCACGGGGAGCUCCCACCAUGACCCGGCCCGGCAGCUGUCGACGUUCUUCGGGGUCAUCGUCCCCACGGUCCUCUCCAUGUUCAGCAUCGUGGUCUUCAUGCGUGUGGGGUUUGUCAUCGGCCACGCAGGCUUCCUGCAGUCUCUCCUUAUGUUGGUGGUGGCGUAUGUCAUCAUUUCCUUGACCGUCCUGUCCGUCUGUGCCAUCUCCACCAAUGGAGCGGUCCAGGCAGGCGGGGCUUACUUCAUGAUCAGUCGGACCCUGGGCCCCGAAUUUGGCGGCAGCAUCGGGCUCAUGUUCUACCUGGCCAACGUCUGCGCUUGCGGCGUCUAUGUCCUUGGGCUGGUGGAAGCCAUUCUGGACGACUUUGGAGCAGACGGAUCCGACCCUCCCGGGGCGAAGGCUCUCCCCCAGGGCUACCUGUACAGCUUCCUCUACGGCUCAGUCGUCCUCCUGGUCUGCCUACUGGUCUGCCUGGUGGGGUCCCAUAUCUACUCCCGGGCGGCCUUCUUCAUCUUCCUGGUGGUCAACGCUGUCCUCAUCACCAUCUUCGCCAGCUUCUUCGCCGUGUCGCCUCGGGAGAUCGUGGUCUCCCGGGACGGGAACCACAGCUUCAACGCCUCCUUCACCGGGUUCAACGUCUCCACCCUCAGGGACAACAUGUAUGCCAUGUACUCUCGCGAUUACACCACCAACAACAUCAUGUCCUUCGCCACCGUCUUCGCCGUCAUGUUCAACGGCUGCACGGGCAUCAUGGCCGGGUCCAACAUGUCAGGGGAACUUAAAAACGCCAGCAGCUCCAUCCCGAAAGGGACCAUCAUUGCCGUGGUCUACACUUUUGUCAUCUAUUUCCUUCUCUUCUUCAUGACCAGCUUCACCUGCGAGAGGGCUCUGCUGAAGGGGGACUACGGCUUCUUCCGGGCUAUCAAUGUAUGGCCUCCCUUUGUCUUGAUCGGCAUCUACUCUGCGUCGCUCUCGGCAUCGAUGAGCAACCUCAUCGGCGCGUCGCGGAUCCUCCACGCCCUGGCAAAGGACGACCUGUUUGGAAUCGUCCUGGCUCCAGCGAAGAUUGUUUCCAAAGGGGGCAACCCGUGGGUGGCCGUCCUCUACACCUGGGCGCUUGUGCAGCUAGUCCUCUUUGUCGGGAAACUGAACACCAUCGCCAGCAUCGUCACCGUCUUCUACCUCGUGGCCUAUGCCGCCGUGGACCUGGCCUGCUUGGCGCUGGAGUGGGCCUCCGCCCCCAAUUUCCGCCCCACCUUCCAGGUGUUUUCGUGGCACACCUGCCUCCUGGGCAUCGUCUCCUGCCUGGUGAUGAUGUUCCUGAUCAGUGCGGCCGGCGCCUCUGGCAGCCUGGGGCUCAUGCUGCUGCUCCUGGGCUUCAUCCACCUGCGCUCCGCCGCUUCCUCCUGGGGCUACAUCAGCCAGGCCCUCAUCUUCCACCAGGUCCGGAAGUAUUUGCUCCUCCUCGAUAUCCGGAAAGACCACGUCAAAUUCUGGCGGCCCCAGAUCCUCCUUAUGGUGGCCAACCCCCGGGGGAGCUCCCAGCUCAUGAAGUUCAUCAACCACCUCAAAAAAGGGGGCCUCUUUGUCCUGGGGCACGUGGAGAUCGGGGACCUUGACACGAUGCCCUCCGACCCCAUCCAAGCCCACUACAACUUCUGGCUGAGCCUAGUGGACAAGCUGAGCAUCAAGGCCUUCGUGGACCUCACCCUCUCGCCUUCGGUCCGCCAAGGGACGCAGCACCUCCUCCGGAUCACCGGCUUGGGAGGGAUGAAACCCAACACUUUGGUCCUUGGCUUCUAUGACGACUGCGUCCCGGAGGAUUACUUCCUGCAAGACCCGGCCUUCAGCCAAGCGCGGGAGAACGACGAGUUCGGUGUGGACCUGCCGGCCCUCCAGGCCCACUUCCCGCCGGUGAGGGAGGCGGAGAGCCAGCGAGCCUUGAGACCCUCUGAGUACGUGGCCAUCAUCUCCGACGCGGUGAAGAUGCACAAGAACGUCUGCCUGGCGCGCUACUUCCACCUGCUGGAGAAGGACCUGCCGCCCUCGUCUUCGUCGACCUCUUCCAAGCGGCGCUUCGAGGGCCGCUACAUCGACGUGUGGCCCCUCAACCUCCUGCGCCCCAACUCGCCCACCUACGUGGACAUCUGCAGCCUCUUCCUGCUGCAGAUGGCUUGCAUCCUCACCAUGGUCAGCUCCUGGAAGGCCGCGAGGCUCCGCAUCUUCCUUUGCGUGGAGUCGGGAGACGUGGGCUGGGUCAGCAAGGAGGAGAAGCUGAGGGAGCUCUUGACCAAGCUGAGGAUCAAGGCCACCAUCAAGAUCGUCACGUGGGACCAGGUGGUGGCCCUCCACGGCCACCCCCAGCAUGCCGCGGGGCCCCGGGGGGACCCUGAGAGGCCGGACCCUCCCUCCGGGGCCGGAGGCUGCCCCGAGAAACCGGCGAGAGAGACCUACCUGAACGCCGCCACCUUCCAGGUGACCGACGAGUAUUUGGCCUCCGUCAACGACCUGCUCUUGAAGCAAGGGGGGCAGACGGCCGUGCGCUUCCUCUACCUCCCGCGCCCCCCGGCCGACACCUCGCAGUACGAGCGCUACCUGGAGCAGCUGGCGAUCCUGACCACAGACCUGGGGCCCACUCUGCUCAUCCACGGCCUGACGCCCGUCACCUGUACGGAGCUCUGAGGAGGACCUGGGGUUUGGCGGGGGCAGAGGGGUGGAAAAUCUAGGUGGUUUUGUUUCUUUUUUGGUAUUUUUACAAAAGAAAUAAGGUGCCUUGUCUCUCGAGUGAAGUGAAUGGUGAGAAAAUUUGCCCUGGUGGUUUUGGAGAGGUGGCUUUGGAAAAGGGCAGAGAGGACCUUGCAAGGCCCGGGUGGAUUUGGGGAGUCUUGAGUGAAGGCCCAGCAAGCUUGAAGGGGGCGAAGAGAAAGGUUGGGCGGGGGCUGCUUCUUUUUAUGUUUUUAAGGAGAGGGACUCCCCUGGACACACACACGGUUCGGAAAUGCCUUCUUAGCCGCAACAUGUAGCAGAGGCCUUGGCCCACCGGGAUCUGUUAGACAGGGCAGUUCUUGCACAUAUAUAUUUCCCUUGCAACCUGUCCUUUGCAAGCUGCUCCAUCAGGAUUCAUAUGAGACGCACAGACCAGUUUGCCAGGCACGUCGAUGCUCUUCCGCCUGCCAUGGAUUCUUCUCCCGCACAGACACCUCCUCAGGGAAAACGAAGGCAGUGCCCCAACAGUAGCAAUAGGGUGGCCUUUUUGCUGCUCGGCUCUAAGAUUUGCUCCUUCAGGCAACGCCCCUGCAGCCUUACUCCUGAAAUUAGAAACGGUGGAUUGGGCCCCAAGUCCACUUGUUCAGCGCAUGCUACCUUGACUCUAGGGCUACAUUCGCACCAUUUAAACCGCGGUGAUAUCACUUUAAACAGGUAUGGCUUCCCCGGAAGAAUCCUGGGAUCUGCGGUUUGUUAAGGGGGCCUAGAGUUGUUGGGAAACCCCCUGUUACACACACACACACAAACAAACUUCAGUUUUAACAAUCAGCCCCUCUUCCCAGGGAACUCUGGGAGUUGUAGCCCUGGGAGAGGGGGAUCAACAGCUCUCAGCACCCUUAAAAAAAACCUACAUCUCCCAGAGUUCUUUGGGGGAACGCAUGACUGUUUAAAGUGGGUUUUUUAGCGCUUUUAGCUGCCCGGUGCGAAUGUGGCCCAAGACCCAAACACAGAAGUUACUUGACACCUUUCCAACUUCCACAAGGCAUCUUUUGAAUGUGUGGGUGUGUAUGUGUGUUAAGGGGUCUCUCUAGGACACUGAGUCAACCCCGCGACCCAGACUACUGGCAGGGUGGUCCCCUGCCAUUGUUUUAGAGGCCAUGUUCCUUUCAGGACGGAGGUGAAACUUCUUCCUUGCACAUGAAUCUAGACCCUGAGGACGCUUCCUUCAUUCCACUCCCUUUGAUAGCUGCCAUAUUGCUUUGUUUGCCCCCCCAUUUUAAAAGUCAUUCCUCACCUUCCCCAACCUGGUGCCCCCCCAAUAUUUUGGAAAUUAUCUCCAGCCAGGAGCGGUAAUCCAAAAUUUCUGGAGGAUGCUAUAAGUUGGAAAAGGCUUUCGACUGUGCUGAGUGGAAGAUGAGCUUCGUUCAUUACAUUCCCCAGUCAGGGGGGGUCCGUCUCCCCCAUCCCUGCCAUUAACCCAGCUAACCAUAGAGAACAGGCUAUUUUUAAAGCAAGUUGUUCCUAAAUCAGGACUCCCCAAAUACUUCCUAACACCCUUGUUGCCCCAAAGGUGCUUCUACUAAUUGUUUACUGGCCGACUUAAAUGUUUUAUUUUUUUGUGCCUCUUUAGCUGGACAGCCACUGGGGUGGGGGUGUUUGUGGUCCCCCUUUUGGGGGCUAAAUAUGUGCUUUUGGGUACUAACACUAACAGGGCUUGAGGGGGGAGAGGAGAAGUGGGGUGAUUUCUACUUUUUAGUGACCGCUGCAAUAAAAGUGAAAGUGCAAGAACA